AUGGCAUCGAGUGUCCAUCGUUGGCUUGGCGUUGGCUUCCUGACACACGGAAACCUCUCAAGUGCCGAUCUCUGCAUCUUCGAUCCGGAUGCGAAGCUAUUGAACUAUCACCUCGACGGCAAUCAACUUCUGCGAUUGGAUGAAAGUCAGGAUUGUCGUUUCCUACAGAGGAGCAAUAGGGGAUUCGUGAUGUCACGUCGCUUGGUCACCUGCGAUCCGAAGGAUGUGGCGAUUCAGCAAGGCACCGUACAGUUUCUGGCGGUCGCUUCCGAACGUCCGUUGGUGGCUGGGGUAUCGCUUCAGGAAGACGGGGCGAUGAUGGAGCAGGCGUUUGCACGAGUAAUUCCGCCUGUGAUGCCCCAAUCGGAAGCGCACGACACUGGCCUUUUCAGCCACGAUUUUGUCACGGCUGGUGUGGAGGUACCCGCCGCCUUGACAACAUUAUGGUGCGAGCUACAGCCGAUUCCCGGUGUCCUUUUGCAACGUGCCCAUCACCUCGUCAAGCUCGAACCGAUCAUUCCCGAUCCACCGUACGACCGACUCGUGCACCAUGUCAGGCUCCAAAAAUGCGACCUGCUGGAAAGCGCCGCCUUCUCUGGGCCCUGUAGUGACCGCCAUUUCGUGCCGGAACACGUUCGACGCUGUCAGACCGUGCAAGCGGCAUGGGUGCUUGGGACUGAGGUUCACUAUAACAACCCGAACCUCACCACCGGCGUCGUCGAUAGCUCUGGGCUGCGGCUCAGCUUCACCCCCGAAUUGCGGCCCUUCGACGCGGCGAUGAUGGCCGUGGGUACGCACUGGUCGGAUUCGAUGAUGAUCCCGCAGGGGCAGCUGGACUUCCCCCUCACUGGCUUCUGCACACCCGAGUGCACUAGCACGUUUCCGCCGACGGGAAUCAAAAUAUUUGGCAGCCUAUUGCAUGCCCAUCUUACCGUGACCAAGAUCUGGACUUCGAUAUAUCGUCAAGCUCUGGUCUCGACAAGGCCGAGUGAAGCGUUGCGUGUCGCGGGCAGCUGCAAGGGAGACACCUUGGCAACGACAUGUUUGCACGACACUCGCGAUCGGACCGCGCCGACCUAUAGCGGACUUGGGUUGGUCGAGGAAAUGUGCAUCAACUACCUUCUCUACUACCCGGCCGUCGACAUCGAAUCGUGCAGAAGCGAGGUGCACAAUGCCAGUCUCUACGACUUUAUUGAGAAACGUAUGCCCCCGGACGCCAAUCUCUCGAGUCCUCGGACCACAGCCGGAGACCUGGCGGCGCUGCACUGGGGUGAAGACGAUAUCGUCGCGCUGCGCGAGCUCUACGCAUCCGCGCCGCUGAACGUUCUCUGUUUGCGGGAGACUGGGGUAGCUGUUGAUGAGGAGCACGACUGGACGAAUGUAGGUCUUCCAAGUGUUCCGGAGGCUUCCCAAGAUGACCCUGACCGGACCCCAUGC